GAACAAUUGAGCACGAACAAAAGACAAACUCAUCUACUUUCAACGGACAACAUUAGAUUAAAGAAAAUCUCAACUUGCAGAAUUUUUAUAAAAAUCAACUCUGAACUAAUAUAUCCCAAAUACAUAUUUAUCCUUCUUAAGCGACAGCAUUCAGGCCACGAACCGUCGAUAGAGAGAGAUGGCGCGCAUAGCUCCUAGAACGUCAGUCGCGCCAGAGCGACUUAAGACUCUGCUGCCAACAUUGAAGCCAACAAUCUACCACGAUCCAGGAACAAGCAAAACCUCAAACAGUAUCCGUACAAUCGCCUGGAAUCCCUUGGGUACUUACAUUGCAACUGGUUGCGUGGAUAAAACCCUACGCGUUUGGAAUGCGGACAAACCCAAUGUUCGUCAAACAACUGAACUGAAGGGUCACACAGCGUCGAUUGAAAAGGUCGCAUUCAACCCCACUAAGGAACUUGAGCUAUGCAGUGUGAGUAGCGACGGCGUGGUUCGCUUUUGGGACGUCAAAAACAAGCAAGUCCUAAACGAAGUCAAAGGUUUAGGAGAGACCUUUACCUUAGCAUGGGCUCCUCGUGGCGACUGUGUUGUAGUUGGGAACAAGGAAGACAAAUUAUUUGUAAUUUCGCCAACCCAAAGCACACCGCUCUCAUGGCACCAACAGUCUGUACCGACGAACAACAUUACGUUUUGUUGGAGUGGCCAAAGGAUAUAUACCACCACCGGUGAUGGCAAAACAAGGAUCCUCACCUUCCCCGAAUUUGAACCAUUCUACCGUUUCGAUUACAAAGAAGAGUCAGAAGCCGAAUUCAAGUUGACAGGGCACACCUCAUCCUGCAUCAAUGUCGAGCUGCACCCGCAUAAUCGGUAUCUAGCCACGGGAGGUACCGACUCGUUGAUUUCGCUUUGGGAAACAACGGAAUGGAACUGUCUCAGAACAGCUACUAAAAUGGCUGGUCCAGUUCGCAGUCUUAGUUUCUCUUGGGAUGGACUAUACAUUGUAGGCGGGACCGAUGAGGGGACCGGACUGGAGGUUUUCAUCUCCGAGACGGGAGAGCAUCUCUGUACCUAUAAGACCACGACGCCAUCACCAAUCGUCACCUGGGCUCCCAAUCGAUACGCACUAGCAUAUGCCGAUUCAACAGGCUUACGAGUGAUAGGGUUUAGCACAGGGGGAAAGUAGAACCCAAUGACUGAUAGCUCUGAUGAGCCGAAAUAAAAUGAAGUCCCGGAAGACUAUCGACAUAACAUAGCUACCUACUAUAGCUAAUGUUACGUCGAAAUUUUUGACGAUAGAUGGCGGUUGGUACAGGAGUCGGAAUUAAAACCGAAACCCAGCCGCGCUUAUAUACCAAUCAAUGGCUUAUAAUUGCUAUGAGGCACACGGCUUGGGGUUGACUUUAUGCAGUUGGUCAACAGCGUUGCGGUAGUACAACAAGGCCUAAAUUUUUUUAA